AUGAAGCUCCCUCGAGCUCCAUUCCGGAGUCUCGAUCCGUACACCUCCAUACCCUUCCGAACCGCAACUCGUCGACCACGAACGCCGUCCACAGCAGCAGUGACACCGCCCGCAACAACCCGCAACUUCACACUCGCCGCCUCUACUCAUCGGCAUGGCCAACAUCCCUCGGCCGGCCGCCGCUGCUAUGCCACUUCCGUCUCCGCCGCCGAGUUGAGAUUCGGCCAGCCCGUCUACGAGACGCACCCUCACAUCCUAAAACCCGGCGAGCUGACGCCCGGUAUCACGGCGCAGGAAUAUGCCGACCGCCGCGCCGCCCUCGCCGACUCCAUGACCGAAGGCAGCGUCGCCGUGCUACACGCUGCCUCCCUCCAAUACAAGUCCGGCGCUGUCUUCCACGCCUACCGCCAAGAGUCCAACUUCCUCUAUCUGACGGGCUGGCUGGAAGGCGAUGCCAUUGCCGUGGUCCAGAAGACGGGGCCGAACCUGGGCGACUACGCCUUCCACAUGUUCGUCAAGCCCAAGAACCCCCGCGAUGAGCAAUGGUCCGGCUACCGCAACGGUAUCGAGGCCGCCCGUGACGUCUUCAACGCCGACGAGGCGCACUCCAUCGACGAGGCGGAGUCGCUUCUGCCCAGGCUUCUCGAAAAGGCCAAGCUUGUCUACGCCGACUUCCAACCGUCCAAGAACAACCCGGCCAACUGGCUGUGGCGCUUCUUUUCCGGCCGCGAGUCCCGUCCCACGCGAACGCCCCUCUUCUCCGUCAUGAACAAACUUCGCGUCAUCAAAAGCCCCGCCGAGGUCGCCAACAUGCGCCUCGCGGGCCAGAUCUCCGGGCGCGCCAUCACCGACGCCAUGCGCCAGCCCUGGAAGCGCGAAAAGGAUCUACAUGCCUUCCUAGACUACCAAUUCAUCGUCAAUGGGUGCGAUGGUCCCGCGUAUAUCCCUGUUGUCGCUGGUGGCGAGCGCGCUAACUGCAUCCACUACACGGUCAACAACAGCACUUUCAAGGAGGACGAGUUCAUCCUCAUUGACGCGGGCGGCGAGUACGGCACUUACAUCACCGACAUCUCACGUACGUGGCCCGCCUCGGGCAAGUUCACGGCUGCCCAGCGCGACCUCUACGAGGCCGUCCUCAAGGUCCAGCGCACAAGCGUUUCACUGUGUCGCGCGAGCGCCCGCAUGUCUCUGGAAGACAUUCACAACAUCACUGCCCGCGGCCUCGUUGACCAGCUGCGCGCUAUUGGCUUCAAUGUCUCCAUGAGCAGCAUCGACCAGCUGUUCCCCCACCACGUCGGUCACUACAUUGGCCUCGACGUGCACGACUGCCCCGGCUACAGCCGUCGCGAGAUCCUGCGCCGUGGUCACUGCGUCACCAUCGAGCCGGGCGUCUACGUUCCCAACGAUGAGAGGUGGCCUGCCGCGUUCCGGGGCAUGGGUGUGCGCAUUGAAGACAGCGUGUGUGUCGAUGACGACUCACCAUAUGUUCUUAGCACCGAGGCUGUGAAAGAGGUCGACGAUAUUGAGGCUCUACGAUGA